UGAUGGGUACUGAUAGACGGCACUGACUGGCAUCACUGCUGGGCACUGACUGGCGGCACUGACUGUCACAAUCCCUGGGCAAUGACUGGUGGCACUGACUGGCAGCACUGCUGGGCUGCACUGGUGGGUGGCACUGGUGGGCAGCACUGGUGGGUGGGCACAGGUGGGUGGGCACAGGUGGGUGGCACUGGUGGGCACAGGUGGGUGGGCACAGGUGGGUGGCACUUCUGGGCACAGGUAGAGUGGCACAGGUGGGUGCACUGCUGGGCACAGGUGGGUGCACUGCUGGGCACAGGUGGGUGAUCUGCUGGGCACAGGUGGGCG